UCGGCUGAUUACGAGAACAGUACAGUAACAUGAUGGGACCAAACGCUCACAGCUACUGUUUGCUGCGCGCACGGAAAAGUCUCCCCUACGUGCUGCGAACUAUUCACCAAUCACACUCGAAACACACCAGAGACAGUGGACGGCGCCGGGUGGUGGUAACGGGGCUCGGUGUAGUAUCACCUGUCGGCUGCAAUGUGGAAGCGGCCUGGCAAACGAUCCUCUCCGGUCAGUCAAAAGUUGGUCGACUGGUGGGAGAAACGUACGACAAGCUUCCCUGCCGCGUAGCGGCCACAAUCGACACGAACGACAUCGAUCUGGAAAAGUGUUUCUCCAAAACCGAACUCAAAACGAUGGCACGCGCUACCGCCUUUGCGUUGAUCGCUGCCAAGGAGGCUCUCUCGAGGGCUAGCUGGAUGCCGGGCGUGGAGGAUGAAACCGCCUGCCAGCGCACCGGUGUCGCAAUCGGUAUGGGCAUGGUAGAUCUGAUGGACAUUUGCGAGACGAACGAAGCGCUCAAGAAGGGAUACAACCGGGUGAGCCCAUUUUUUGUGCCCCGCAUCUUGCCCAACAUGCCGGCCGGACAGCUCAGCAUCCGGUACGGGUUUCGCGGACCGAACCAUGCCGUUUCUACCGCCUGUGCUACGGGUGCCCAUGCCAUAGGCGAUGCGUUCCGCUUCAUUCAGCACGGCGAUGCGGACGUGAUGGUGUGUGGCGGUGCGGAAGCUUGCAUCAGUCCGCUCGGGAUUGCCGGAUUCUGUCGGCUGCGAGCGCUCAGCACGGCGUUCAACGACGAACCGACGGCAUCGUCCCGACCGUUCGACGAGCGUCGGGAUGGCUUUGUGAUGGGCGAGGGGUCGGCCAUUUUCGUGCUGGAAGAGCUGCAGCAUGCCCUGCGGCGAGGAGCACCAAUCUACGGCGAGAUACUUGGGUACGGAUUGUCUGGCGAUGCGUCCCAUCUGACGGCACCGCGGGAGGAUGGGACGGGAGCGCUGUUGGCGAUGCAGCGAGCCCUUGCCGAUGGUGGUCUAACGGUUGCCGACAUUGGGUACGUUAAUGCACACGCCACAUCGACCCCGAUCGGUGAUGCGAUAGAAGCCCGUGCGAUAAGGACACUUUUCGGGGAGCACACACGGUCAGUGGCGGUUUCAUCGACGAAGGGUGCCCAUGGACAUUUGCUCGGUGCGGCCGGAAACUUGGAAGCGCUGUUCGUCGUGAUGGCCUGCAGGCAUGGUCUGCUUCCACCCACCGUUAAUCUGCACAACGUAACGGACGAUAUGGCCGGGCUGCAUUACGUGGCGAACAGCUCCGAACCAUGGGAGGGGAAGCACCGUCGGCGGGUGGCGUUGAAAAACUCGUUCGGUUUUGGUGGCACCAACGCUUGUCUCUGCAUUGGUGAAUACAGCGAAUAAACGGUGAGCGUUAUCGGU